AUGGAUGACCUGACACGGCAGAAAUCCCUCCCUAGAUCUCCGCCGGGAGGUGUAUGUAGCACGCCACUGGGAGCAGACCUAGCUAUCCCUGGAGGCGCUGUUAUCCCUGGAGGCGCUGUUAUCCCUGGAGGCGCUGUUAUCCCUGGAGGCGCUGUUAUCCCCGGAGCGCAGACGGAGCGGACCGACGAGUCCCCAUUUCCGGUGUCCGCUGGAGAGCCAGCUCCGGAACGUUUGCGUGUCAAAGGCCCUAGUGUAGUAGGCGACUUAAAAACGAAUUUGGAUGACAUCAAAGCGUCCCUCGUUUCCUACUACAGCCGGCUAUACUCGGGAAGCUCCCCAUCCAUUGAGGAUCGCCUAGACGCCCUUUCGUUUCAGGGCCAUGGCUCUGAACCCACAUCCCGCUGGUUGCGCCGUCGACAAAUGGAUAAGAAGUACGAGGCCAUGGCAGAAGCAUGCAUGGACUCCGAGCGUGGCCCGUUCAGAGGCGGGAAAUCAACCGCGAGAUCACGACAAAAAUGCGAAGAACCCGCUGUCGGUCAGCGGGCGGCCACGACGAGAGGCGAGGUAUAUGACAUGCUGCGAGAUCUUCGCCUCAAAUGUGAGACGGCAUCUCUGAAGCUCAACACAAUUUCAGACGAUCUCUACCCGCAAAUUUCUAAUCCUAAUCUGCGGGAGUGGGAAUAUACGACGACUCCUCGGGCUCGGCGCCGACCACAAUUUGGCGAUCAGGUCGAACUUAGCCGCCACGUCACAAGUCUUUACCGCCAUCUGCAUACACAGGCAGAGAUAAAUCAAAGCCGGAUCAAUACCUUGCAGUCAAAAAUGAAGAUUUUGUACAUGCAGACAAAGGCAGAGAUGAUUAAGCAACAACAAGACCCAAGAGUGGGUCUGUGA